GAAUCGAAACAACAGAAGAAGAAGAAAGCUCUGGUGUUGUUUGUUGUUGAGUCGCCAUGGCGAUUUAAGAGAUUUAAGAAAGAGACAUUGAGAUCUGAGAUCUGGAUUUGACGAUGGGUUACGGAUGGGCGAUAUACGAAGGUACGGUGGUGAUGGCGUCACUGUGUCUCUUAGGAUGGGCUGGUCUGUGGUUUUUGAAUCGGAGGUUAUACAAAGAGUACGAAGAGAAGCGAGCUUUGGUUCAGAUUAUUUUCAGCGUCGUCUUCGCUUUCUCUUGUAAUUUGUUGCAGCUUGUUUUGUUUGAGAUCAUACCUGUUCUCUCUAGAGAGGCAAGGAUGAUAAACUGGAAGGUGGAUCUUUUUUGUUUGAUACUUCUCCUUGUUUUCAUGUUGCCGUAUUACCAUUGCUAUUUGAUGCUUCGUAAUAGUGGUGUAAGAAGGGAGCGUGCCUCUGCUGGGGCUUUCUUAUUCUUGUCAGCAUUCCUUUAUGCAUUCUGGCGUAUGGGAGUUCAUUUUCCUAUGCCUUCAGCAGAUAAAGGAUUUUUUACCAUGCCUCAGCUGGUCAGUAGAAUUGGGGUUAUUGGUGUGACCUUAAUGGCUGUCCUAUCAGGAUUUGGAGCUGUAAAUUUACCCUACAGCUAUAUAUCCCUCUUCAUUAGGGAGAUUGAAGAAGCAGAUAUAAUAUCUUUGGAAAGGCAACUGAUGCAGUCAACUGAGACAUGCAUUGCAAAGAAGAAUAAAAUUAUUUUGUGUCAAUUAGAGGUGGAACGAAGUCUAGGAUCAGAAGAAAAUCAGAAACGUAGCUCUUUCUUUAGAAGAAUUGUUGGGACUGUUGUGCGAUCGGUUCAAGAUGACCAAAAGGAGCAAGACAUAAAAAUAUUGGAGGCGGAGGUGGAAGCCUUGGAGGAGCUAUCAAAACAGUUAUUUUUGGAAAUAUAUGAACUGCGUCAAGCAAAGGAUGCUGCUGCCUAUUCCAGAACUUGGAAGGGUCAUGUGCAGAACUUACUUGGUUAUGCAUGCUCCAUUUAUUGUGUGUAUAAAAUGUUGAAGUCUCUACAAAGUGUUGUCUUCAAAGAGGCUGGUACGAAAGACCCUGUCACGACGAUGAUCAGCAUAUUCUUGCGAUUGUUUGAUAUAGGAGUAGAUGCUACACUGCUUUCACAGUAUAUAUCCCUGUUGUUUAUUGGGAUGUUGAUUGUGAUUUCUGUGAGGGGAUUCUUGACGAACCUGAUGAAGUUUUUCUUUGCAGUCUCGAGAGUGGGAAGUGGGUCUUCAAGCAACGUUGUGCUUUUCCUAUCGGAAAUCAUGGGAAUGUACUUUUUGUCUUCCAUUCUUCUAAUCAGAAAAAGCUUGAGAAAUGAGUACAGGGGAAUCAUAACAGAUGUGUUGGGUGGAGAUAUACAGUUUGAUUUCUAUCAUCGAUGGUUUGAUGCAAUAUUUGUGGCGAGCGCUUUUCUUUCUCUCAUUUUGCUUUCUGCUCAUUACACGUCUCGUCAAUCUGAUAAGCACGCCAUCGAGUAAGCUUCUUAUUCAGUGCCUAAGAGAGAGUCCUAUUAUUAUUUGGCCUUACACAAACUUAAAAAUCGAUUUACUACAAGUAAUGUUUGCAUAGCGUAUAGCUUACGAUUGGCUAUUUGUUAAUUUUUUGACGCUUAUGUGAAUGAUUAAACUGAUCAGUACAAAGCUUCACACUUUCUUGUACCAUUAACAUUGAAUUAUGUUUCUUCAUACUAAGUGACUGAGGGAGUGAUGAUCGAUCUUUGUAUA